CCAACUCCAACGCCUCCUCCCCGGGCGCUGCUGCGCCGCCACCUCCCCCCGCGACGCCCCUCCACCUCGAGCAGGCCGGAGGCGGCGCCGAUGGGUCGAGCCCCGCCACGGUGGCCGACCCCUGGAAGGGCAAGGGAAUCGCCGACAUUCCUUCUCCUCCGAGCUCCGCGAGCAGCAGCAGCAGCAGCAGCUCCCUCGACUUCGGCGCGGCCUUCGGAGGCGAGGUCGGGGAGUCGAGCAAGAUGGGCGGCAGAAAGGCGCGGGUGAGGUGGAGCCGCCCCGUGGUGGCGGAGACGAGGGAGGUCCCCAACGCGGCGGCGCAUCCGUUGGACUUGGACCCGAAGCUGGUCGCCAGGCAGCGGUUUAUCGAGCGGCUGAUUGAAGCGCGGGCGGCCGUCGACAAGGAGGAGCCGUUCGACCCCAACACGGUGUUCGAGCAGAUGGUGAUCGAGCAGCUGAUUCAAGAGCAGGCGGCCGGCGAGGAGGCGAACAGGCGACGGGAACAGCAGGCGGCCGUCGACAAGGAGAACAGGCGACGGGAACAGCAGGCGGCCGUCGACGAGGGGACCAGGCGAUGGGAACAGCAGUACAACUCGUUGCGCGCGGAAGAGGCGAUGUACCAGAAGGAACAGGAGAAGGUUGUGGUAAAGGUGAGACCCAAGCAGGACAAACUACCGCAAGUAAAGGGGAAAUCGUUGUGGAGUCGGGUCAAGAACAAGAUUUUUUGUGGAAAAGUAAGGGAAAUAUGUUCGGAACAUGUGAAGCACCAGACACAUCCCAUCACUGAAGUCAGAAGAUAUCAUAGGCUUGCUUCUGACGAGGCGAACCAUCUUGAUGCCUAUUCGGAAUAUCGAUCGGUUAUUGGAGAUGGGGAGUGUUUCUACAGGAGCUUCAUAUUUUCAUACCUUGAGCAAGUUAUUGAUAGGCAGGACACACAUGAGGAACAGCGUCUCCUUGAUGUUGUUCAAAGACUGUCUACGCAACAUGCAAAUCUUCGAUGGAACUCUGAGUUUUCCAGGAGCAGCAGAGCAUUUAAGGAUCUGAUCAAGAAAGUGAUGAGAUGGAAGAAAGAUGGCAGGCGGAACAGCAUGGAAUCAACUAGCAGCAACCGUAAAGAGAAACUUCUCGAGUUCUUCAGCAAGUACAAUACGACGCUAGACAUCUUCAUUUUCCUCAGAUUGGUAGUAGCUAUCGAGAUAUGCUCGCACGAGGAGGUGUAUGAACCGCUUAUACCAGGGCUCAGAGGAAAUUACAGUCUAGAAGAUUGGUGUAUUCGGCGCGUCACUCCAGCUCGUCGGUUCACGGAUCAUGUUAUGAUGGUGGCCUUGGCCACAGCGCUUGAGGUACCCCUCACAGUGGAGCGAGUCCGAGGAGGACAUGAUCCAGAUAUCUACACUGUUCCUGGAGUUCUCUGUCGGAGGGUGACCCUGCUGUACUCCGGAGAUCACUACGGAAUCAUCUACCCACGUGCCCCUCCUGCUGAGAAUUCAAGUCAUCAGGCUUCCUAGAGAGAACAUGGUGUUGAUCAGGCUUCAAGCCAACAGACUUCCCAGAGAGAACAUCCUGCUGAUCAGAGUUCAAGUCAACAGAUUCCACUGGAUUAAAGUUGAGUUGGGCUGCUGCCUAUGAAUGAGAGUAUAUCCGAGUUUAGUGGUAGAGAAUUAGGGGUAGGCAUCUACAUGCAGUGAUGAAGUUGGGGUGGGCAUAGCAUAUACACUUGUGACUUCUUUGAUAGGAACGAAAACUUGUGUUGUCGUGUGAAUUGUUGGCUGGUAUACGGUGAAUCUUCUUGUGUGAUCACAUUGGAACUCCUUCAUUGUUUCCUGGUAUAUAAUCGAUCUCUUAUGCAAAAAUUCAACAGAUUUUGCUAGGUUAAUAGUGUUGAGUUGGGUUGCUC